GUUACAAUAGCUUUAUUAAUUAAAACUAGCAUUUCAAAUCUUUCCCUUCGCUCUGAGAGCAGCUUAUCAUAGUGUGCCUGCUAAAUCUUAUCAGUCCGGUUGUUAAGUAUUCCACGAUUACGCCGAUUGCGCAACAAUUAAAUGAGCAGAAAGCCUGAAAGUGCAGCCAGCGAGUAACGGCACUAGUGUCCGGUUAUCAGUUACAAAUAAGACGCGGGUGCCGCCGGAGAUUGUGCCUUUUCCGGAGAGAUUCCUUCCACUGUUUCCAGUGCCAUUUGUUUAUUUUUAUUUUGGUGACAAAGCUGAAAUUUUGUCUCGUUUCCAGUCGGUUCAUUCAUAAACACAAGCAAAUCAGAAACCCCAACAAUGUUCGCAAUCCUCCGCACCGCCGCUAAGAUGACGUCGGUCCACCAGCAGCAGCCCCAACUGGUCCGGGCUAUGUUCCGGGCGAAUUUCGCCAGCAGCUCCGCGGAAAUCCUUAAUCAUUAUCAAGGAGGCGUCAAUCUGAAUAAGUACACCAUGGACGAUGAACGAAGUGCUGCUGUGAGCGAGAACUCACUACCGGUCUGUUCUCACUCACAGAUGGCCCAAAAGAUUCGUGCCGGACCCGUGGUAGAUGUCCUCGGUGACGAAAUGACGCGCAUCAUCUGGGACUCGAUCAAGAACAAGCUGAUCCUGCCCUUCCUGGACAUUGAGCUGCACACCUACGAUCUGGGUAUUGAGUACCGUGACCAGACCGAGGAUCAGGUCACCAUUGACUGUGCCGAGGCCAUCAAGAAGUACAAUGUGGGCAUCAAGUGCGCCACCAUUACCCCCGAUGAGAAGCGUGUUGAGGAGUUCAAUCUGAAGAAGAUGUGGAAGUCUCCCAACGGUACCAUCCGUAACAUCCUUGGAGGCACUGUCUUCCGCGAGGCCAUCAUCUGCAAGAACGUGCCCCGCCUGGUGUCCGGCUGGCAGAAGCCCAUCGUCAUCGGUCGUCACGCCCACGCCGAUCAGUACAAGGCCGUUGACUACGUUGUUCCCGGACCCGGCAAGCUCACCCUCACCUGGAAGGGCAACGACGGCCAGGUCAUCGAGGAGGUGAUCAACGACUUCAAGGGCGCUGGUGUCGCUCUGGGCAUGUUCAACACUGAUGCCUCUAUCGUGGACUUUGCCCACGCCUCCUUCAAAUACGCCCUGGACCGCAAGCUGCCCCUGUACAUGAGCACCAAGAACACCAUCCUGAAGAAGUACGACGGUCGCUUCAAGGAUAUCUUCGAGGAUCUGUACAACAAGCAGUACAAGAAGGAGUAUGAGGCUGCUGGCAUCUGGUACGAGCACCGUCUCAUCGACGACAUGGUGGCCUACGCCAUGAAGUCCGAGGGUGGCUUCGUUUGGGCCUGCAAGAACUACGACGGAGAUGUACAGUCUGAUUCCGUGGCCCAGGGAUACGGCUCCCUUGGUCUGAUGACCUCCGUCCUGCUCUGCCCCGAUGGCAAGACCGUCGAAGCCGAGGCUGCCCACGGAACCGUGACCCGUCACUUCCGCUUCUACCAGCAGGGCAAGGAGACCUCAACCAAUCCCAUUGCCUCGAUCUUCGCCUGGACCCGUGGUCUCCUCCACCGUGCCAAGCUGGACAACAACGAGCCCCUGAAGCAGUUCGCCGAGACCCUCGAGCAGGUUUGCAUUGACACCAUCGAGGGCGGUGCCAUGACCAAGGAUCUGGCCAUCUGCAUCAAGGGCAGCAUCAACGCUGUGACCCGCAAGGACUACCAGGAAACAUUCGAGUUCAUGGACACACUGGCCAAGAAUCUGGAAGCGGCCCUGGCCAAGAACGCCGCCGCCGCCAAGUGACUAUCCGAUGAGCCAAAGGCCUCGCACCUCUAAGGAACCACUCAGCGAAGCCCGGUCCUCGUCGUUGUCGUUGUCAGACUUUUAAUUUCCAUUUUUUUAAUGUAGAUGUGCAUGUAGAUGUCCUAGGCUAACUAUUUGUGUCCUCGAUGCAUGUUUUUCUUCCAUGUCCAUUGUCUCUGCGAGACGCAAUCCCCUGAUUUCCCCUAAGAAAAUUCAAAUAAAUGUAUUUUUGUACCGGA